AUAAUCUUUCAGGCAAUGGUAUCUAUCUAAGCUUGGUUGUGGUGUUUACAUUUACAGCUGAUUUCAGUGUACUCGUGUGUACGUAUUAGGAAUGUAAGAAUUUAGUUAAUUAGUUCUAAUUACGCUAAAAAACACUGAACAUUUAUUUAAAUGAUAAUAAUAUACUUCAUAAUACAGAUAUGUUUUAGUUGCCUUAUGUAUGUUUAAUGGACGCUGAGCAGGCGAUGGACUCUAUUUUUUAUUCGAAGUUGAAGUGAAAUAUUUAUUUGACAUUUUGAACGUUGGGUGGCUGGCAGACACUUAAAAAACGAUUUCUGUUUUUAUGUGCCGCCACAAUUGUCUGUGGAAGCUGCAAGUGUUAAAAAAGUCCAUUAGGUCACUUCGGCGAAGCCAUACUUGAUUAUAAACAAGUUGCAUUUAAACAAAGAGAACAUAGGAGAAAUAACAGUUGUUUCAAUUAGCAGUAUAAAAUUUUUUUUAUCAUAUGGUGCAUUGAAAUUUUGUUUAAUAAUACUUGUACUCAUUUGAUACGCUAGUUUAAAUAUGAUUUUUAGAAAUUUCCAACUAAAAUAUUCCGACAAGAAAGUGUGCUUGUUUGCCGAAUCGAGCAGUUAUUAUUGACGAGUUUUGUACGUUGCCAGAAGAAAAUGACUUCCACUACAAAAAUGUUGUCUGGGAUUUGCCCUGAUAGAGAGUGCCAGUCCAAAAUAGUUUUUCCUUCGUGUGAAAUUAAUAUUGAGUGCAGCCGAUGCGGUCAACAAUUCAGAAUCGGGGACUUGAGAGAUGUAACAGAAGAGAAAGAUCAAACUGUGACAUUGCAAACAGUGCUACGGACUUUGUUGGCAGUAGAAAACCCAAACAAGAAAGGAAUGGAAAUGGUGAAGGUGUCGGGUCUGUCGAACUACCACUGCAAGCUGCUGUCUCCCCUGCUGACGCAACAUGGGAUGGACAAGAAGACGGGCAAGGCAAGGCCGCUGUCCGACAUAACCACGCGGGAGACGUUCGACUGCAGUGUCCUGGGGGACCGCGCGUUCCGCAUCGACCCGCAACACAUAGACGUGCCGGGGUACGGGCGGGACCUGUCCGGGAGCGCCAUCUACCUGGCGGGGACGCUCGCGCGCAUCCGUGCCACCAACGCAAACAGGGAGCUGCUGGUCCCCAUACACGCGGAUGGGGAUGGCCACUGCUUGGUGCACGCUGUGUCGCGCGCGCUCGUGGGGCGAGAGCUGUUCUGGCACCCCCUGCGCACCAACCUCAAGGACCACAUCAUCCACAACAUCGACAAGUACAAGAAACUGUUCCAAGACUUCUUCAAUGCAGCCGAGUGGAUGGACAUCAUCCAGGAGUGUGACCCCGAGUACGAGCCCCAGGACGAGAGCGAGAUCCUCGGCCUGAGGAACAUUCACGUGUUUGGGUUGGCCAACGUGCUGAGGCGACCCAUCAUUCUCCUCGACUCGGUGGCCGGCAUGAAGAGCUCUGGGGACUACUCCGCGGUGUUCCUGCCCGCGCUGGAGGCGCCCGAGCGCUGCCGCAGCAAGAGCGAGGCUCUCAACAAGCCCCUGUGUCUGGCGUGGAGCAGCUCCGCACACAACCACUACAUCCCGCUCGUGGGCAUCAAGGGCGCGGACUUGCCCCGCUUGUCUCGCAGCCUGCUGCCCAAAGUCUGGGCCGUGCCACAGGCACUGCUGGACAAGUACAUAGAGUUUGACGAGUACGACCGUCUCAUCAUCGGCGGAGACAAGCCCCUGCAGGACAGCUACAUGAAGAAGCUGACUGCUGCCAUGGAUGAGCUGUACCUGCAGAAGUACGGGGUGCAUCCGUCCUUGGUGGUGGACGUCCACCAGUACUGCUACCACAAGACAGGCCUGCUGACGCUGAAGCCGGGCCAGCUGACCACCGUGACGCUGAACGCGGUGAGCGAGCGCCGCCUGUACCGCUGCCUGGCGUGCGACGCCUGCCACGUGCUGCCCUUCUCCCAGGAGUGGCUGUGCCCGGGCGGCAAGGGCGUGCUCUACAACUUCGCCCUGAGGAAGUACGGCCCGCUGCGCGAGGACAAGAUAUACUCCUUCUACAACUACGGCUUGGAGUGCAGCUACGACGCAGCUAGCGACAGGCUGGUGAUAGACAACCAGGACGUGAACAGAUGCCCGUGGUGCAGGGAAUCGUCGAAGAUGCGACUCCUGCGUGCGGACGGCUCCGUCGCGUACGAGAACGGGGACGCCACCAGGAACCGCUCCCAGUCCCAGGGCGGGCCCUGCAAGUGUGGCUACAAGCACUGGUGGGACGGCGUGGAGUAUGACAACAUGCCCGAAAUAGUGCCGGUGCUGCUGGCGUGGGGCGACGCGGUGGUGGCGGAGGAGGUGCGCUGGUUCCAGCACGAGCCAGACCCCAGCCUCAACAGCAACGCCUACGCCGCCGCCGCGGGCCUGGUCCGCAGGCACUUCCCAGGUGAGUUUGGCAGCGAGCUGUUGAUCCAGAAGGUGGUGGACCAGAUCCUGCAGCUGACGAAGAAGCCAGAGCCCGCGGAGGUCCCGGCCGCCGUCACCUGCUUCAAGCCCUCGCCUCUGCACCCCAAAGAGCCAAAGGGGGCGGGCUACGGGGCGGACCAGGAGUUGUUGCCGUGCGGCUCGGACCUGCUGGAGAGCCGUGUGCGCCCGGAGAGGCCGGACAGGCCCGUGCCCGUGCCGUCCCGGAACAAGGACCACAGCAAGAAGAUGGCCGCCAUGCGCCGCACCAACGCCAGCAAGUCGGAGGCUCUCGCAGGCGCCGGUGCGGAGGCUGAGGAGGAGAGGAGCCGCCUGCAGCGCACGCAGCGCGAGCUGGAGAGCCAGCAGCGCGACUACAUGCAGCGCAGGGAGCGCGACUACCGGCCGCGCAAGGGGGCGCUGGGGCUGCCGUCCACCUCGCAGGCGCUGCCGUCCACCUCGCGGGGCGGGCCCCCCAGCCCGUCGCCCGGCUCGGACAGCAGCAGCGCCGACGAGGCGGUGACCGUGGCCUUGGUGCACGGCUCCCCGCCCGCCAACAAACGGAAACUGGACGCCGAUUAGACACCGUUUCAAACAAAAAGUAGCGUGCGUUACGAUCGUCUUUCUUUUCUCAUCACGGAAAUUAUAUUUACACAGAUGCAUGAGAAUUAUUUAUUAUUACAAAGUUUUUUUUUUUACUUUACGUGGUGGACAUUGUAAGUUUUGUCCACAUUCCUAAUUCACCCUAGUGCAAGUACAUUGGUUUCAUUACGUUUUGUGCAUUUUUCCAUUUGGUUCAUGCUGUCGUAUGUUACUUUGUAACUGUUUCUGAAAUAUAAAAAAAAAUGCCAUCGUUUGUAUUGUAUUAACUUUUCCAAGGAAUUGUAAAAAUAAAAACUACGUGACUGAGCUUUGUUUGGUUAUGAGCCAAGUCCAUUAUCAAUCAAAAUGGCAUUAAUACAUUUUUUUGUUUUAAGUUCCGAGUUAAGAUUUGUCGUCACAGUACUGGCUGUAUGCUGCAGGGAUAUAGUCAUGGGUGUGAGGUCACAUUGAAGUUCAAAAAGUGCCUGCUCAAAUCAUCUUUUUGUGUUUGCCAUAGUUUUAUUUUUGUUCUUAAAAAGUUACGUUAUAAGUAUAGGUUCAUCUAGCUCAGAUCACUUAUAUUUCUCAUAGUAUUUUCUACAAUUGAAAAACUUUUUUUUCUCCAGAAAAUGCUUUAGUUUAUUUUUAAAAUGAUUGUUAAGAUAUUAUUAAUAAGACUUUGUUAUUUAAUACAGUGAGCAUUCCGGGUUCAGAAAGGAACAUUUUACCAUCUGAAAACAAAUAGUAUGGCUGUAAAUUGUCUAAAUUAAGCCAAAAUAUUACGUAUUUUCAUUUUCAAGAAAAUGCUUUAAACAGACAUGGUUAUCAAAUUAUAUUUUUUUAAUUUUAUUUAUUCUACACUUAAUGCACUGUUUGCAAGAAGAAUUUUAUGUUGCAAUCAAUAUGAAACUAAUUUUUAAAAAUAUUAUACCAUAUUUUCAUUUUUAUUGCAGGUGUAUUCUUAAAUUUCAUACUUUCAGUUGAACUGUAAAGAAUGUACUUGUUUCUAAUACUUAUCUCAUGUGAUGUUGUUUAGAACACUUUUAUGUUCAUACACGUGGCUUUAGAAUAAAGAAAAUACAUUUUUGCUCUUUGUCUUACUCUUUUAUUAAUAAUUUGUUCUUAAUUAAUGUUAAUUAGUUGACAAUGAUAUUAAACAUGUGUUAUGUCCAUUAAAUUACAAAGUAAUUUUACUUACAUUUUCCUGGAAAUAUUGUGUUUUACUGCAAUUGUUUGUUUCCCCAGAAGUAUUUGAUAGAAUCUUUAUCAACUUUAUAUGCUCAUGUCUCAGGUAGAGUUUUUGUAUUUGAAGGUAAUUAUGGUUCACCUGUGUUAUGCACGUUGGUAUUUCUCUGCUUUAGUUUAGAGAGUUGCACAAAUAUACUUGUCUAAGUUAUUAUAUGUUUCAAAAGACUUAAUGCAGGUAAAAAAUUACUAUGCAGAAUAUUAUUUAUAUGACUUCAAUAUAAGAAGAAUCAUUAUUGUUUGAGAAUAAAGACUUUCUUAUUAA